CUCGGCUACGACGGUAAUCUCCUGUCUGUCUUUCUCAGCCGUCACUUCGUCUACCAGCGGGAGCUGAGGGGCAAGGCAGGACGAGCUUUAUCCAGAUUGCUGUCGGUCGACGGCCCGACAAGCUUCGUUUAGCACUUUCCUCGCUCGUGCGAGCGACAGAAAAGACGCUGAGAGGCCAGGUAAGCCUACGCCGCCGCCCUGAAGAGCACCCAGAGAGUGUACAGUCGAAUAUAUUCGAGUGGAAGCCGUAAGCGAAGCAGCAAAGAUCAAUCCGGUUCCUGACAGGCGAUGAUGAGGAAGCUUGCGAGGAUUUGUGAGCCCUUGCCGAAGGAGCCCCACAGUCAGAAGGUCGAGAUGAUGGUCGGGAAUCUCGUGAGCUCCUCAAGACGACCUAUAUAAGGUCUCCAACUGCUGUCCUCGGUGUCGAUCCUCAAGCCUCUCCGCCACCUCUUCCUGCCCCUCUCCCCUCCACCGUAUCCCCAUUGCCAUGGCCAACAGAUACCUCGUCCUCUUGGCUGUCGCCCUAGUCACGCUCUCGUUCACGAACGCAGCACCCACCUCGUCGGCUGCCACGACCCACGCUCUCUCAAUCGACACAUCAAAGACGACUGCCUCCAAAUUCGGCAUCUCAACCUUUAUCGAAAACUCCAUCAACUUUGGCACCGAUGGCGGUAUCUACGCUGAGCUGAUCCGCGACCGAGCUUUCCAAGAAGACUUCUCCCCUCACUGGUCGUCCAUUGGAGGAGCCAAGACUGAGCAGACCAAGGCUAACCCGCUUUCCAAGGCGCUGCCCAACUCAGUCGUUGUCACGCCCGGGAACGCGGCGGGCGGACUGCGGAACAAGGGAUACUUUGGCAUCCCAGUCAAGCCGCAGACGUAUGCCGUCAGCUUCUACGCUCGCUCCGUUGAUGGCGCCAAUGCGCAGGUGACGGCCAAGGCUAGCCUCAAUGCCGAAGCUGACAACAAGGAAUUUGCCAGCGUCGACGUGCCUCUUGCGCUCACGGGCGAGUGGAAGCAGUUCAAGGCCGACCUCGUGUCCACGCAAUCUGCCUCGAACAGCAACAACACCUUCGGCCUGACCUUCCCGCAGGGCACCGCCGCCGUUCAACUCAACCUGAUUUCCCUCUUCCCGCCCACGUACGAAGGCACUGUCGGUCGCCAGGACAUCGUUCAAGCCAUUGCGGACCUGCAGGCCCCCUACACCCGUCUUCCUGGCGGUAAUCAGCUCGAAGGCAACUCAAUUGCCAACGCCUACAACUGGUCUGAAGCCGUGGGACCCCUCACUGACCGACCUGGUAAGCCCUCAGUCUGGGCUGGCUACGACACAGAUGGCUACGGGCUGCACGAGAGUCUCGACCUCUUCGAGAAGAUCGGUAGCGAGCCCAUUUUGGGUCUUUACGCGGGCUAUUCGCUUGACAAGAAGAGCGUGGCAAAGGAGAACCUCCAGCCUUACGUUCAAUCAGCCCUCGACCAGCUGCACUACAUCAAGGACGCGCAAGGCUCCUCCGAGUACGCCAAACGUCGUGAGGGCAACGGGCGUGCCCAGCCUUGGAAGCUCAACAUAGUCGAGAUUGGGAACGAGGACUGGAUUGCGCAGGAGGCCAUCGACACGUACGGAUUCAGGUAUAACGCGUUCUAUCCGCAGCUGAAGAAGGCCUUCCCGGACGUCAAGUUCAUUGCAUCGAGUCCUUACUCCACGGACAAGUCCAAGCUUGCCGGAGUCGAUCAACAUGACUAUAACACAGUAGCAUUCGCCUACGCUCAAUUCGGCUUGCACGACUCUUGGCCCAGAAACGGUACGGAGAUCAUGGAGUUGGAGUAUGCCGUGAUCAACAAUGGGCGCUGCGGCGAGCAGGCUGACGGCGCGGACCUCUACACGAACAAGUGCCGUCUCACCUACCCUACCUUGGAGGCUGCGCUCGCCGAGGGUGCCUGGACUAUGGACUUUGAGCGCAACGGUGACCUCGUAACCUCAGCCGCCUACGCUCCUCUACUGCACAACUCGGCAAGCUCGCAGUGGAACCCAGACCUCAUCGCCUUCGACCACAACACCAUUGCGCUCAGCCCAAGCUACUGGACACAAUACGCCUUCUCUCGCAACCGUAUCGACAACAUCCUCGGUGCCAACCUUACCUCGGGCAGGCCUGGACCCAUCUACUGGUCGGCGGGCACGUUGAGCGGCUCGGGUGGCAAGACGCUCGUGGUCAAGCUUGUCAACAGCGCCAGCUCUGCACAGGAUGUGGCGAUCACGGUCGCCGGUGGAAAGAAGCUGGAUGCGACUACGGCGAGCCUGUGGGGGUUCGGUGGGCAAGACGAUCUCGACUCGGUCAACACGGUGCAGAACCCGGAGACGGUCAAGCCGUAUACCAAGGACUUGCCCGUCACGCAGGGCGCGACUGACUUUUCUGUCAAUAUGCCAGCGCACAGUUUCCAGGUCGUCAAGGUUGCCAUCGCAUGAGGCGCAUCGGCUUGCGAAAGGAUUCUAGCUAGCUCGACGACUGUGGUUUUUUCGCGCAAUUCGUAACGACGCAACAAUGACGACUCAAUGGAUGAAUGAAUGAAUGAAUAAAUGAACGAAGC